UUUUGAUUUUGAUCCGUCAUCAUUAGAACAAUGACGUUUAUCGAAACUGACACUGCAGCACAGGAAAGGUUUAAUCUGCUGCUGUUAGAACCUGGUGAGAUAUACUUUGAAGACUUCAGUGUAUUCUUUUACCCCAGAAAUCUCUCAGAAGAUGAAGCCAUUAAAAGGAAACAGAGAGGCCAUCUGAAAAUCUGUUCCAAAUCUAUAGUUUUUGUCCCAAAGGAGAGUCAGCACCCUAUCCUUAAGUUUCCACUUAAACAUGUCAAGGAAAUCAAUGAGUGGUCAGGUGGUCUGUUUUCAAGGAUGGAUAUGAAUGACCGCAUGGUGAAGAUCAAGACUGAUCAAGUUAUUGCCAUGAAGGAAAAAAACAUAAUAGCUCCAUAUAUAUUCCAUAAGGAAUCGGUGGAGUUAAGGUUUUCCCUGAACUAUGUGACUGCUGAUGACUGUCUGCCUCAGAUGUGUCAGCUGCAUCGGGCAUCUACACUUCCACCAGCAGACCAGUCAGCCAUGAUUAAUGCAAUUGUGUUGUCAAGAAGAUCUCGAGUGAGCUUUAACACAAGCUGGCUUGAUGACCUGUAUGAAAAGAUUCUAAUGGAAGCGCAGGGUGACAAGAUCAGUCCUCUGGUGACCAACCCUGGCCGUAUCAUGCUCACAUCAUCACGACUCUACUUCCAGCCUUUCAAUAACAUAGAAAGUGUGCCAGUCAUUAAGAUAAGAUUGAAAGACUUGAAGCGAGUGAUAAAAAGACGAUUUCUCCUCAAACAGCUGGGUAUAGAAAUAUUUUGUCAAGAAAAUUCUUCCUGCCCUCACCUUUACUUGUCUUUGAAGACUGCAGAUGAACGCAAUGAAUUAUAUGCACAUAUAAUGCAGCAAAAAGAUGUUAAGUUAGAAGAUACUGGACAAGAAGACAUGACCUUACGCUGGCAGAAUGGAGAUAUAUCAAACUUUGACUAUCUAAUAUAUCUGAAUAGUGUUGCUGACCGCAGCUUCAGUGAUUUAACUCAGUACCCGGUGAUGCCCUGGGUCAUACAAGAUUACACAAGUUCACAUCUAGAUUUGUCCAAUCCAAUGACAUUUCGUGAUCUCAGCAAACCUAUUGGAGCUCUGAAUGAAGAAAGAAUAUCAAAAAUGAGGGAGAGAUAUGCAGAAAUGCCAGAGCCCAAAUUUCUAUACGGAUCCCAUUACUCCACACCUGGAUAUGUUCUCUUCUAUCUCGCUCUCAUAGCUCCAGAAUAUGUCCUCUGCUUGCAAAAUGGAAAGUUUGACCAGCCAGAUAGAAUGUUUAACAGUGUGUAUGAAACAUGGCAGAAUUGUAUGAUGGGAGCUGCUGACUUCAAAGAACUCAUUCCAGAAUUCUAUUCUCUUGGUUCUCCAGAGUUCCUCCUGAACAAUGGGUUGAGUAACUUUGGGAUAAGACAAGAUGGCCGACCUGUGGGCAAUGUAGAACUGCCUUCCUGGGCUGAAGGGCCUGAGGAUUUCCUACGGAAACUGAGAGAGGCCCUUGAGUGUGAACAUGUAUCAACUCACCUCCAUGAGUGGAUCGACCUUAUUUUUGGAUAUAAACAGCGGGGUUAUGAGGCAGAAAAGGCUGACAACGUGUUUUACUUCAUGACAUAUGAGGGCAGUGUUGAUCUUGAUAGUAUACCAGACCCAAAUGAGAGAGCACGCAUGGAGAUACAGAUUAUGGAAUUUGGCCAGGUACCAAAGCAGGUAUUUAAUACACCCCACCCACAGAGAUUUACCUCCCCUCCCCCACGGAGUGGCUCAAGCCGUACAUCCAGUACUAAUGAAGGGACAGUUCCAGUGACAUCAGACUCCAUCUCAAUGCCCACAACUUUAAAAGUGUCAGAAGAGGACAAGACUGCAAGCACCAGUGACGUAUCACUGACAGACUUGGCAUCUCUACAGUUGUACCACAAAUAUACCCUGCACAAAGAUGGUGUAUCAGAUGUUAAGUUAUCCAGUGAUGGAAAAAACAUAUUUUCUGUUUCACAGGAUAGCCUACUGAAGAUGUAUUCACUGGAAGACCAGCGACAGCUUAGGAGUAUCAAUAUUUCCACUAUGGCCCUGUCGUCCUGUCAGCUGAUGCCAGAUGAUAAAACUAUCAUUGUAGGAUCCUGGGACAAUAAUGUCUACUUCUAUAGUAUUGAGUUUGGAAGGGUCCUUGAUACAUUGUGUGCUCAUGAUGAUGCAGUAUCUAAUAUACUUUGGAGCAGCAAUAAAUUGCUAACAGCUUCCUGGGACUCGACUGUCAAGAUCUGGAAAUUCAUCCCUCCAAGUGCAUCAACCCCUUUUACAGUGGCUGAGUAUGCGGGCCAGCUGGACCAUGAUGCUGGAGUAAACUGCCAGUCCACUGAUGAGGGACUCUCUCUCCUGGUUACUGGGACAAUAGAAGGACAUAUCAAUGUCUGGUCUAUCUCCAGUGGUUAUCAGAUAGCUUCCCUCGAAGUUCACAAUGGUAAAGUCAAUGAUGUUACUCUAAGUCCAGACUGCCGACGUAUAUUGAGUUGUGGAGAUGACAACAUUCUGCGUGUUCUUGACUUGGAGACAGGGACAGAAAUACUGGUCAGGCACCUGCAGACACAGUGCAUGUGUUUUAAGUGGAUUGGUGGUCUUCUGCUGACUGGUGAAGCAUCUGGAAGUAUUCAACUAUGGGAUAUGGACAAAGGUCAAAUAAUUAGCACACUACCUGCACAUACUGAUGCUGUGACGUGUUUGGAUCUGAAGAACAAGAGCUUAUUGAUGGCUGGACAGGACAAAACUGUUAGUAUGUGGAAGAUUCAGCAGUGAUUCUUUCUGUGCAAAAUCAGUGCUUUUUUGUUCCCUGAAGAAUUUUAUCUCCGUGAUAAAAGGAGAAUGCUAGCCAAUUGUCAGAACUAAAAUUGAUUCAUUCAAGUUCUGACCAUAGAAUUACUAAAACUCUAACGUGCCAUAUUUGACUUCAUGCAAAUCACGAUGUGACAGCUUUAUCGCUUCUGUUGCAACAACAUGAGAUUUUAACACAAGAUUUAUCAGCUGACAUGUUUCCUAGCAUUAUAACUAUAGUUUAACUAGUUGUGAAGUAUGCAUGACAAAUACAAAUCAUUGGGAAAUCUGUAUGGAAGGAUACUUUUACUAACAGAAACUGGAAUUUUCCGAGACACCAGUGAUUCUCCAUCCCUUCCCCAUCAAGUGGUUUUCUGCGGCCAAGUAGUACUUACUCCUGCAGUGAACCAAGAGAAAUUUGAAAGUGUUUUGUGUUCUGGUUUAUAAAUUUUGGUUUCUGAGAAUUGCACUGACUGAUCUACAUCUGAGGCCUAGCUGUUGAAGUACAAUGGAUUGAACAUCAUGUGCCUUGUCUGUCUGAGAUAAAAUUGAGAGAUUUGUUGGUUAUUGAAUACACUUAAUUGAGGGCUUUUGGUUGAAAAAAAAAAUGCUGUGAACUGGUGUCUUUUUUCAUUUUGUUUUUGAGUUACAUAUUUAAAUUAGAGAAGUACUAUUACAAAACGUUGUAUGCAAUCAUUGGGACUAGUGAAGUGAGAGCUAGAUGGUCUUAUAUUUUCAUAGAAGUAAACAAAAUACCCAGUGAGAUUACUGUGAUUUGAAAUGAGAUAAGUCUGAAGCAUUGAGUCAGUAUGCCUUAUCUCAAGAUAUAUAUUUUUUCAGUAAUUACCAGCCUUGCAUAUAUCUUAUAAAUACUGUAUUUAUCAUUUAUGACAAUGACUCAUAUUAUGUUUUAUUACUGCAGUUUCUGAUUAUAACAAGCUGAUGACUGACUAUAUCUGAACUGUUUUAUGUGAUAUUAAAUGUCAAAAAUUCUAUUGGUACAUGCAUAUUUAUUUUCAAAUUUGAAUGAUGGAAAGCAUCAUUAAUCAUGAUGUACAUCUAGACUGUAUGAAAGGUUGGAUAGAACAGGUUGGGACUCUCAACAGAGUUGCAGAGAACCAGCAUCCUGGUUCUCUUCUAUCUUAGAUCGUUUCUUGAAGGAAUCACAGAUGGGUACCCAACAGCAUUCAAUAAAGCCCCAUCACAGAAGGUAUAAAUACAAAGGAUAUGAAAUAUGGAGGAGCCUCAUCAUAUAUUGGUGUUCCAUCUCCUGUGUCCCUUGUAAUAUAAACAUAUUGAUAGCUUUGUGUAUGGUUUUUGUUUUGAUGUGUGAUAUAAAGGUGUUUAUAAUUCUGGACUACCGAGAUAGUUAAUGAUGCCUAGGACACUUCCUCAAUACUGAUGUGCUCAUUACUUGUUUUUGGUGCUGGAUGAAAAGUGUACACAUGUACAGCUAACAUAUUCAAACAUUGAACACUGCUUUUAGUAGAAUUUUUUUUGUAUAAAUCAUCAUGUGAAAAUGAAGUGGGACUACCUGGAUGCUUUCUGAUAAUUGUCUCCCAUUGAUGAUAUGUAACAAGUACAUUUACUUACUUUAUUAUACGAUAUGAUAAAAGACAAAUGUACAGGUAUCAGGUCUACAGGACAGAAAGUCAAGACUUUUGAUGCUGUGAGACAUUCCAACUUAAACUUGAUGUAUUAACGACAAAGGAUGUUAGAUGUGAUGUCUGAUGUAUUUCAUGAGUUUGGAACAUUUAUGGUGUUACAUGUCCCACGACGUGCCAUUGUAUCAUGUGAAGAGAGAAACAAUACAACAGCACCAAAUAUAGAAAAAUUACAUCGAUAUGAAUACUCGUUCAUAGAGCAGUCAUUUUUACUACAAAUAUUCAUUAACUCAUGAAAUUAACUUAGCUUCAUUUUGAAAAUGAACCUCUCCCAAUCUUCUUAUCCUGUAUAUUAUUGAAAGCAUAUUUUGUGUGUUGUAUAUGUUAUAUAUAAUAUGCAAAAGCAAACCCAUUACAUUGUAAUUAUCACUAUAUAGACAUAUGGGUCUCUGAAGAUGCAAAAGUUUAAAAAAAUUAUGUUAAGCCGUAAAUUUGAAAGUUACUUAAAUACAUGUAUGUAUGUGCUCCACAUUUUCAUAUCUAAGACUGUAUUCUAGUCAUUUGUUGUACAAUACAGGGUUCCAUUACACAUUCUGAUCAGGUUGGCAGAAUGUUGUACAAUACAGGGUUCCAUUACACAUUCUGAUCAGGUUGGCAGAAAUGGAUGCAUAUCACAUCAAAUUGAAAUAUUCCACAUAACCAAUGUCUUUCAUUUUGUCAAAGUGAUGUUGGAUAUCUUGAACAAUACAUCUUGAUGAAUUCUUAUAUUAUAUUGAGGAAAUGUCGUGGAUAAAAAACACUUACUUUAGAUGCAUUGCUUUUUAACUUCAGAUUAAUGUUUCAAGUGAUAAAAAAAUUACAGCGAUCUAUUGCAUAUCAUCUCUGAAAAAUAUCUCAAAUGAAGGAUGUUGAUUGCACAGAUGUUUUGAUGGUAUUAUGAUUAAGUAUAUAGGAGCAUCUACAUUAGGAUUCCAUUGUUUAUAGUUUACAUAUUUUAGCUCAGCUAAGGGUACACAAAACUCUGUCAACCUAAAAAUCAAAGAAAACUGAUACACCAAAUUCAUAUAUUUCAAAUCUGUGAGUAGCAGUGAUAAUUCAUGAAGAGUUCUACCCAAGACUUACAGAAUUACAAUGUAUACCCGAGAUAUACUUUUUGUGCCCGAGCAAUGGAAAAACUUUGAAAUUCUUAAAACUCAAAACCGAAUGUAAUUCAGAAGCAAAAUUUCAAUGAAAUAUCAUUUGGCCAAAGGUAAAAAAGUAUAUGAAUAUCCAAAAUUUCUGAAAUGUUAUGUCAGAAUUUAUUUUAUAUUGAUUUUUGUCCUACUUUUGGUAAAACAUGACCCAUACAUCCUUAAGGUAAAAAAGUCUCCACAUAUAUUGUGAUGUUCAGGUGAGCAAUUUUAAUAUUAUUUUAUCCAUGAUAUAGUUCAUCAAUUAAAACCCCUGAUUCACUUAUUUUCAAAUGAGAGAGAAAGAGGGAAUGGGGUGGUAAGACCAUUUAGGGAUUGGGAGGGUAGAUGUUUGAUUCUUGCCAAAUAUUUUACCAGGUCUUCCACUGGGGUUACCUCAUUUAUGAAAUAUCAAAUCUUUCUUCAGGUCUAGUAAAUUUUGUCAUAACAUGCCAUGUUAUAUUUUGUUUUUAUAUUUGGUAAGAGGCUUGUUGUGGAUUUAAAGUUUUGAAGUAUUCUGACUUGUGAAUGUAUGUUAUUUGUAGGAAUGAAUUUUCAACACUGAUUAACAUGUACUUGGAAACAGUGGAAUUUGCUUUAGCAUAUGUGAAGAUUUACAAUAGAUAUAUACUUGAUAUAUUAAAAAGAAUCACUACUGUAUACAUUUAUUGGGUAUGUAAUAUAUUGUAUUAUCCACUUGUUAUGAUGUACAACAUGUAUUUAUGCUUGUUUUACUUAUGGAAACAUGAUACUCAAACUUCACAAACAUGUCUCAGACAUAAAAUUACAAAUAAGGAGACUUACAUGGGCUAUUUACUGAGAAAAAAGAUGCAUUAAGGAGACACUGAGUUUGGAGUAGUUGCAAAUCAUAGUUGAAAGUUAAUAAUGUAACCAUAUAUUUUUAAUUUCAUGACCAUAUUUGGUAGUUAUUAUUUUAAUGAAUUUUGCCCUAAAUUGCAGAUUAGAGAAGUUUUCACUGAGAGAAAAUGGUAUAUACUAAUAGAUUAUUUAGGUGCAUCAUUGUACCUGUAGUUGACGUAUGUUUAAUGAAACAAAUGUGUUAAUGAUGUUUAGCUUUAAGCGAAUUUUGGAUUAUUUUUAUACAUGAACAUCAUAUAAACUGUAUGGAUUUAAAUAAACAUGUGUUAAACAGCCUAUACUUAGGAACUAUUCAGUAAAUCAAA